AGAUGUACUAAUACACAACAAAUCACAGUCCUGCAGAGGGGCGCGCAAAUGAGUUCCUAUUUUGUGAAUCCCACUUUCCCUGGGAGCCUGCCCAGCGGCCAGGACUCCUUCUUGGGCCAGCUGCCCCUCUACCCGGCCGGCUAUGACGCGCUGAGGCCCUUCCCGGCCUCUUACGGGGCGUCGAGUCUUCCGGACAAGACAUACACCUCACCUUGUUUUUACCAACAGUCCAACUCGGUCUUGGCCUGCAACCGGGCAUCCUACGAGUACGGGGCCUCAUGUUUCUAUUCUGAUAAAGACCUCAGUGGCGCCUCACCCUCGGGCAAUAACAAGCAGAGGGGCCCCGGGGACUACCUGCACUUUUCUCCCGAGCAGCAGUACAAACCUGACGGCAGCGUGCAGGGCAAAGCCCUCCAUGAGGAAGGCACCGACCGGAAGUACACAAGCCCUGUUUACCCCUGGAUGCAGCGGAUGAAUUCCUGUGCGGGUGCCGUGUAUGGGAGUCACGGGCGCAGAGGCCGCCAGACCUACACGCGCUACCAGACACUGGAGCUUGAGAAGGAAUUCCACUUCAACCGCUACCUGACUCGGCGGCGCCGCAUCGAGAUCGCUAACGCGCUUUGCCUCACCGAGCGCCAGAUCAAGAUCUGGUUCCAGAAUCGGCGCAUGAAGUGGAAAAAGGAAAAUAAACUCAUCAACUCCACGCAGGCCAGCGGGGAAGACUCUGAGGCCAAAGCGGGCGAGUAGACUCCAGUGCAGGGACCAGGCCAGCGUUGUAACCUCUAUUGGCUUUGCCCCCUGGUGCCCUUGUCUGCUCCCCAAGUUUUAUUCCAGCCUGCUUCUCCCGCAGCUUAGGGAAAAGCGUCCAAACCUUUGCAAGCGGCUACGCAUUUACUUAUUACAGAAAACAAACAAACAAAACCCCACACACCCAACGUCAGCUGUGGGACAGACGCACUGUACACACAAACACACAGGUUUUCUCCCCAAGGCUGCCCAAGCCAGCUUGCGAGGCCCGCGAUGCACCCAGAAUUGGCCCUGCUGCUGUGUUAGCGCCUCUGCGCUCUGUGAGCCACAGACGCGGGGUUGUGGGGGAAGAAGGAGCCCCAGGCAGUGCCCUGUUUGGUGCCUGGGCUUUUCCGCCUUGGUCCCUCGCCAUCAAAUUCUAAAGGGCAUCGCCAAAUCGGCUCUGGCUACUGAAAAGAAAGGGUCUACGAGCUGGGCCCCAGCCCUGUCCCGGCCUCUCAGGAUGCCCCUAAUCAAGAAGCCUGAGGAACAAAGAGGAACACCCCCCUUCCCCGACAGAACCAAAUCUCUCUAUCGGCGCGUAACCGUCAGUGGGAGAGUAGCAGCCUCAGCCGAGGCAAGCCAACCUGGGUUUACAGCUUGGGAGCGACUAGGCUCCCGCAGGCUCCCAGCUCCCGAUUUCCACUCUCAGCCUCAUACAGCUCGGACGCAAUCCACCUCGCAGCUUUCAGGACCCAAAGAGGGGGCCCAAGACCAUGAGAGCCGCAAGAGUCCUGGCUUCCAAACGUGCCAGGGACGCCUGAGAUGCCAGGCCUCUAGUAGAGAGAGUCUGCUCUCUUCUCAGCUACAUUUGUGAUUUACUUUCGUCUUUCGGAGCCCAGGAAAAUAACUACGGUGAUACUAGACACAGCCACGAAAUGAUUCCAUUAGUUCCCGCAAUUUAUUCCCAGUGGUCUAAGCGAGAUCCCAAUAGCUCUACCCACCGAUCCCAGCUUCCAAGCAGCCUCGGAGGCCGUUUGGGUAUCAGGGCCCAAUCUCUGGGUUCACCAAGAACCCUGCUACCUGGGGCCGGGCUGAUCAGAGGAACCGGACCAGGGAUGAAGAUCUUCCAGGCUGGAUAAAUAAACAAAUCAGAUAGCAAACUAAUGGCACGAAAAACAUAUUUGCACGGAGGAAAAAAAUGAUUCUGGUUAUACGAGUGUAUGGAAUUUGACCUCGCCUCGGAGAAACACUACACAAAAGCUGUCUUUAAUAGACGCCUGUGGUUUAAGAGCGGCAGGGGCACUGUCCUUCAUGCGUUCACAAAAACAGAGCCGUAAUUGUGGCUGCUGCUGUGGGCAGGAUUUAUUUCUUCAAUUGGCUAAAUCGUCUUCCCUUCCUCGAAGGUGAUAUCUGUGUUUUCAAAAUUCACAGCUGCCGGCCGGGCUGGCAAACCGACCCCAACCUCUACACAAAAAUAAGAGGGGAUACAAAGCCGGGGAAAUAAAGUUGUUGUAAAUAAUUCUAA